AUGAAGUCUCAUUCUGGCAUCUUCCACCUCCUCCCCCUCGGUCGACGCGUCCAGGACAAGCUGGAGAAAGUCAUUGACCAUCACAUGCAGGAGCUGGGGGCCUCCAGAGUCUCUCUAUCGACCAUCACGUCCAAGGAUCUUUGGCAGAAGAGCGGCCGUCUAGCACAACUAGAGCCCGAGUUAUGUCGUCAUCUGUUCAACUCCCCGGUGAAGGUCUUCGGCUUUGAUGAUCGCAAGGGGGCAAAAUACAUGUUGUCGCCCACACAUGAAGAGGAGAUCACUACAUUGGUGGCAAAAACCGUCAAGUCCUACAAGGAAUUACCCCUUCGCCUCUAUCAGAUCACACGCAAGUUUCGCGACGAACUACGCCCUCGACAUGGACUGCUCAGAACCCGCGAGUUCACCAUGAAGGAUCUGUACACGUUUGAUGUCUCCGUUGAUGCGGCUUUGAAUACGUAUGCCAAGGUCCAGUCAGCAUACGCUGGUGUCUUCAAAGCCUUGAGGUUGCCCGUGCUGGUAGCCAGGGCCUCCUCCGGGGAUAUGGGGGGCGACCUUAGCCAUGAGUACCAUCUCCCAAUCUCCGUCGGCGAAGACACCGUGGUCACAUGCAACACAUGUGAUUAUACAGUGAACGCAGAGGUUGCGGCAACAAGACUCGUCGCCGAGGAAGCACAGGAACUGGGAAGCGAAACGGCUACGGAGGUUUCUAACGCCCCUCCCGUAAAGGUUUGGCGGGGGAUCAGCAGGGAUCGCACAAUACUAGUGAAUGCUUGGUAUCCGGGACAGCUUCAGGAGGAGUCCGGACUGGCUGAAAUCGGGGCCAGCGACAUCAGCAUUCCGGCCAUCAAGUCUAUCGUCCCUGACCUAGAUGCAGGCAUCGACGACGCUGCGUCUCUGUGGCGGGAUGCCCUUCCAGUGUCACUCUCUGGCAGCCAAGACACUGUCAAUCGACCGCAAAUCGUCAAUGUGGUGGACUCCAGGUUGAGGAAUACCAUUGGAGAAGUGCUCCAAGAUGAGCACAGAGUGUGGCCCAUGCUUAGCUCAAGCGCGAAAAGAGCAGACGUACAGAUCACCACAAUCACGAGGAAUGACAAUGGCCAGCUGCUUAACCUUCUCGCCGCUCGUGCUGGCGACGGGUGUCCUGUCUGUGAUUGUGGUAUUCUACAUGUGCAGAAGGCCCUGGAGGUGGGGCACACCUUUCACUUAGGGACAAGAUACUCUGAACCCUUCGGGGCCAUCGUCUCGAUCCCACAAGAGAAAGGUCGACAUCGGCCAUCGGAGAAUACGACUCUGAUGCAAAUGGGCUGCCAUGGAAUCGGCGUUUCACGGCUCAUUGGUGCCGUGGUCGAGCAUUUGGCAGACAACAAGGGCCUGCAGUGGCCUCGCGCAAUAGCCCCAUACGAAGUUGCGGUCGUUUCAGCAGCAGAUCUGGCUGAAGACGCAGCCGAGGUUUACGAUGAGAUUGCGGCAUCUCCAAGUGGUGGCGACAUGGUAGAUGUGGUUCUAGAUGAUCGCACAGUGUCCCUGGCAUGGAAGCUCCAGGAUGCAGACCUUGUAGGAUACCCGGUCCUUGUCGUUGUGGGCAAGAUUUGGAAAAUGGAUAAAGGAAGCUGCGAGGUUCAGUGCAGGAGUCUCGGCGUCAGGGAAACGGUUCCGCUCUCGAAUCUUCGUCGGCGCGUAUCAGAACUGCUCGAACAGCUCUAG